AAAAAAAUAAAAAUUCAAUUUUUUCUUUAAAAAAAUAAAAAAAGAAUUUUAGAUAAUCAUUUUGGAAAAAUGCACAGAAAACCAUGGAUUUCACCUGGUUUAUAGCCUAAAUAAAAUUACGAAUAUAGUGAUUCAGGUUUAACCGUCAAAUUUUUACAAGAACUUGAAAAAAAAAACUUUGUGAAUUACUAAUAAACAUAAUAAAACUAAACAUAAAAUACACAAAUAGAAAUAUUUCGAGAAUACCAAGAAUUCGAAAAAAUUCGUGAAGGAGAAAUCAUUAUAACAAUCGAAUAUUGGUAAAAUAUUAAAAUAUAUAUCUAUAUAUAAAUAAAAAAUAGUACAGGAUGUAGUCAACAUUAAUAAACUACUCGUCAUAAAGAAGAAUAAUACUAUGAUUAUGCUAUAUUAAUAAAAAAAUACAUCUAAACGCACUAUCCUACUAUUAAAAUAUAUUUAAAACCACUUCUUACAUCCGAUAAUAACCAAAAAAAUGAAAAUUAAGACUUAAGAUGUCGAUUAGGGGCUAUGGAAGUGUAAUUAUGUACAAAUAGGAAUAGAAAAAUAACUAAGGAGAUCAUUUUUUCUAAAUUAAAGACUAAAUAAUGGCCUAAAAUGUCAUAUAUAUUAAAUAAAAUUAGAAACUUUAUGUAGUUUACAUCUUUAUAGGUACAUAUUUCUCUAGAAGGUUUUAAUUUAUAAGAUUUACCAGAAAAUGAAUAAAAACUUUAAAUAAUAAAUAUAUAAUAUUCCAAUAAUUCUAAUUCCUUCUAGAAAAAAAUCUCCAGAAAUCCAUCAGCUAUAACUGCUUUAGACAAAAACGAUAUAUAUAGACCUUUUAGUGGUAAAUUUAAUGAAGAAACUACCAAUCAAGACCCGUAAGUGAACCUAUAGCCUUAUAAAUACCCAUAACAGGUUCUUAAAUUGGAGUUCAAAGACCAAAUAGUAGUUCUUAACCAUUUAGACCGCAAAGUGGGGUUAGUUCUUCCAUGUUUUAGGCAAAUAAAAAAAAAAAUUAGUAAUAAGAAGGAUAGGUAACCGAAAAAACAGAUAUAGAUAGUAUCGCGUAUUUUGAAAAUAUCCCUUUAGAUAAUUAUACGAUGGAAAUAAAAGAAAAUAAUGACUUCAAAGGAAGUAUUACUAAAAUAAAUAUGUUUAGAAAAGUAUAAGAUGGCAAUUAAACUGAAUUUAUAGUAUUAUAACCAGUAUAAAUAACGUUUGCGAAAAUAAUAUGUAAAUAUCAAGAUGAAAGUGGAUAUAUAGGAAAUUUAAAAGAAGCAAACAUAUCCAUAACACCAUAUAAUAAAAAAGAUUAAAUAUAACAUGAAGAAAUUUUAUAUGAUAUUGUUAACGGAACAUAUUAAGUAAAUUUAAUACCUGGAAAAUAUAAGAUUUAAGUAGAAAAAUUUGGAUAUAGUAAUAUAGAAAUGGAUUAUGAGUUUAAAUUUGGUAAUUAAGAAGUAUAAUUGCCGAUAUCUUAAAAGAAUAAUUAAUAAGAAAAUCAUAAUUAAAAUCAUUAUUAAAAUAAUAAAAAUAAUAUAAAUAUUAAUAUUAAUAUUAAUAAUAAUAAUAAUAAUAAUAAUAAUAAUAAUAAUAAUAAUAAAAAAUAAUAAUAAUAAUUAAAAUAACUAAAAAAAUCAUAAAAGACUCCUUUCUGGUAAAGUAGAUAAUUCUAUUAAUAGUAGCUAGAUUUUAUCUAAUAAUAAUAGUGUAGUUUUUAAAGAUAAAAAUAUGCCAAUACGUCCCAGUUCUGCUAAUAAAAUUCUAAAAAUUUAAAUUUAUGAAGCAUAAAAUUUCAAAAAUUUUGUUAAAGAUUGCAUCGUUAGAGUAUAUUUUUUUUUUUAUUAUAUGAAAAUUGUUGAAGAAUAUGGAUAAAAUAAAUUGGAUUUAAAUAAAAUGACCGAAUUAUGUUUUCCAUUAAUAAAAAAGCCAUAGACUGAUAAUGAAGUCAAUAUUUUAUUACUAUAAGACACAGAAAAGAAAAUCCUUACAUUAAAUUUAAUAACACCAAAAGAUGAAAUAAUAAAUAAAACAAAAGGAGAAAUAAUAGUAAAUAUUAAUACUGAAUAAAAAAGCUAAUUAAUAAAAAUUAAUAAAAUAAAAUAAUAAUCAGGGAUAUAUAGAUUAUAUGCAAAUAUAGAUUUAUUAUAAUAUUUAACUCCAUAAUCAUUAAAACUAUACAUUAUAACUUAAAAAACAAUGCAUUUUGUAGAAGUUCCUAAAUAACAUCCUUUAGGAUUAGAAAAAAAUUUAAUUUGGGAUAUAGGCGUUAUUUGUGGUUCUAGUGGAGAUUUUGUAGAAAUAAAUGCUGUUACUUCUUAGGAGAUAAAAAGGGAAAGCUAUUUAAAUUAAUAUAAGAAAUUAAUCGAUUUUUUACAUAAUUCUAAAUAAAUUGAUAUGAAAUCGAUACUUGGAUUUAAUAAAACAGAUAAAGAUAAUGAUGUUUUGUAAAUAUAAGGAGAUAUUUUUGUAAAAAAGAAAAAUAGAAUCCAGUUUGGAAAAUAUAUUGAUAAAAACGCAAAUGGAAUUGAACAUUUAAUUAAUUCGGCUUUAAAUACAAAUGGACUUUAUAGUUUUAAUAAAAUUAAAGCGAAAUUUGAUAGUAUAAAAUCACCUGUUAAUUUUGGAAAUUUAGUUAAAUUACACGAAGAAGAAGAUGAAGAAGAUGAAAUGCUAUGA